AUGUCGCAAACCGAAAGAAGAGAAAUAUGUUACUUAAGUUGUAUAAUAAACUCUGGAAGAUUAGAGUUUACUUGGUCAAUUAUUACGCCAUCUACAUGGGACUGGAUUGGAUUAUAUGAAGACGAUAGCAAAUCAAAUAGAGAAUGGCUCGAUGGGCAUUGGUUCUAUAUAAGUAAUCAUAGCAACCGUUCGACUCUUCCUGACGGUCGAUAUGUAUAUUCUGGAAGUCAUUGGUUUGGAACUGUUUCUGGAAUGAAUCAGAUCAGGCUAAACACCUAUGAAGUUCGCGGAGAAUAUAAAACUUAUUCAUAUGCCAAUGUAUACAAUCCUGUAUUUAUAUACAUUGAUAUAAAUCAGAUUAAUUAUAUACUUAGGGGAUUGCAACAUAUAUUUGCUAGACACAAAAAACAUUGGGGAUUUACCGAAAAUGACCAUUGGAAUGAUCAAAACAAGGAGAAACUUCAGAGAACCCUUCAAGAGUUUGUUCACAGAAACGUAAACAAUGUUUAUAGUGGAACCUAUAAGAAUCAAGACGCGUACCUUAUAGUUGACUCUGUAUCUCAUAACUGUGUUAUAAUUUACCGUGGAGGAGAUAAAGAUUAUCAACUAUGGUCUGGAUGGAAACUAAGUGAUGCUCAAUACAACCAUGUAACACACCCACCAUUCAAAUUACGUGCAGUCGUACUUACAGUAUAUGAAGACAUCCUUGAUGAAAUUGCCAACUCGGAAGUUGAAAGGGAUGAUUUACUUAACCGAUUUUUAGAAGUUUACUUGGAUGAUAAAAACAGUUAUGGUGAUGAAGUAUAUAACCAGAUUGCGGAUUUUUUUGAACUGGCUGAAGGUUACAUUCCAUUAUCGUUUGAAGGAAGAGAUGAAGUGAAGCCGGAAGACAAUUAUGAACUUGACUACGAAAAAAUAAAGAAGAAGGCAAAAGAUAUUCUGGGGGUACUUGAAAAAUUAGCAAUUUGA